AUGCUUAUUCAUGGCAUAGAGGAAAAGGAAAAAAUUCUCAUGCAAAGAGAUAAAAUUAAUUGGUUGAAACUUGGUGAUGGAAACAAUGCUUUUUUCCAUGCCAUUAUGAGGGGGAAGAAUAAGCAAAAUGGGAUUCAUAAACUUGUUGAUAGUAAUGGCAUCACCCUCACUGAGUUCAAAUACAUAGAAGGUGAAAUUUUGAGAUUUUAUAAAAAUUUGGUGGGAACAUCUAUAAGGAGGUUGUUACAUGUGGAUAUAGUGGCCUUUCGCAAUGGUACUCAGUUAAAAGAAACUAGCAAAGAAAGUCUUAUCCAAUCUAUAAUUGAAAAUAAAGUUUGGAAUAUCCUCAAGAUAAUUGGAGAGACAAAAUCCCUUGGCGUAGAUGGAUUCAAUUCCAAGUUCUUCAAGUCUACUUGGGAUAUUAUCAAAGUGGACAUGAUGACUGCUAUACAAGACUUAUUUUAG